GCAGCACUGAAUGAAUAAUUAUUUUUCAAUGGAGACGAAACUACAGUAGUGUUGAUUAAGUGCAUUGUUAAAUAUUAUUAUUGCCACUAGUAAUAUUUAAUUUUUUAAGUAAGAAAGACAAAAGAAUAAGAUAAAAAUGAGUAAUUCAACUAUUUCCGAUCAAUCCCUCAUGGAUAAAUCUAUGCGGAGUGUAUUCGUCGGGAAUAUCCCGUACGAAGCAACCGAGGAGAACUUGAAAGACAUAUUCAGCGAAGUUGGCCCAGUACUUUCCUUCAAAUUGGUAUUCGAUCGUGAGACAGGAAAACCUAAAGGUUAUGGUUUCUGCGAAUACAAGGAUCAAGAGACAGCGCUUAGUGCCAUGAGAAAUUUGAAUGGUUACGAAAUUGGUGGAAGAACGCUUCGUGUAGACAAUGCAUGUACAGAAAAGAGUCGUAUGGAAAUGCAGAGUCUUUUACAGGGACAGAAUACUGAGAAUCCGUAUGGAGAGGCAGUUCAAGCUGACAAAGCUCCUGAAGCAAUAAGUAAAGCAGUAGCUUCUCUUCCACCUGAACAAAUGUUUGAAUUAAUGAAACAUAUGAAGAUAUGCGUGCAGAAUAAUCCUAACGAAGCUCGACAAAUGUUACUUCAGAAUCCGCAACUUGCCUAUGCUUUGUUACAAGCACAGGUAGUAAUGCGAAUAGUGGAUCCUCAUACUGCUGUUAAUAUGUUACAUAAAGCUAAUCCAAUCCCAAGCGUGUUGACACCUUCAGAAAAACCAGUGGUGCAUCAGAUUCCACCUCGUAUUGAAGAACCAUGGGCAGCGCCAAGACCUACACCAGUUGCCAAUCCUCCUGCUCCUAUUUUUGCAGGUCAAGAUGUAGAUCUUCGAACAUUGGAUAGACAGAUGGAUCCUCGUUUAGCAAGAUUAGAUCAAGAUUUAAGAGGACCACCACAAACUCAGACAACUACAGUUACCGUACCACCAAUCAUAACUGCUACUGCUGACCCUAGGGGACCUCCUACUACUUUUACUUUACCAGAUACCAAUCUUCCUGUAGUAGAAGGAGUGGAGAGCUUUUGUCGUGAUCCAAGAGCUGACAGAUUUGGUAGAGAUCCAAGGGAUCCAAGAGAUCCCCGUAUGCCCAUUGAUCCAAGAAUCACUAAACCUAAUCCUCCUGUACCAGUAGCACCUCCUAUCGUACCAAGACCAGUAGCAGCACCUACAGUUCCACCACCGGCUGUGGUUGUUGCAAAUAACGGUGUACCUCCUACUACCGCUCUUACAACAUCUGCAAGUUCUGCUACUUCUAGACUCAUGGCGGGAAUGUCUCCAGCAGGUAAUAUACCAAAUGGUGCGUCGGAUCAAGAAAAGGCAGCAUUAAUAAUGCAAGUAUUACAGUUAUCGGAUGAACAAAUUGCCAUGCUUCCACCAGAACAAAGACAAAGUAUUUUAGUUCUUAAAGAACAAAUUGCCAAAAGUACACAGCGUUAACAAUAUAUGAUAUAAUAAAUGAUAGUAUGGUAAUACUGAUAUAAUUUUAAAGACAUUAAUCUAGGAAACAUAAGUUUUUGAAAAAUUUAACUUACAUAUAUAUAUAUAAGAUCAAAUUUAAACAAGUUUUUAUUAUAUAAACUCUGAAAAAACCACAAACAUAAUAUAUUCAAAAUAUAAUUUUAUUUCGUUUAUUUUUUUAGGAUUUCUUUAAAUUGAAAGUAACCAUCAUUGAUUAAAGAACUGUAAAUCAAUUCAGUACACGCUUUAUCUGUGUAUAAUUCGACAAACAAAUUAUUAUCAUGUCGUUCCUGAAAAAAUUAAUCUUAUUGCGUAAAGGUUUAUCAUUUUGUCAAUAAUUUCAUGAAAAUAAUAUUAAAUGAUUUAGAUAUUAAAUGUAUACCUUAAUUUUAAGUGUGAUGGUAGUAUUAUACUUUUGGUUCAUUUGUUCGAUUACCAUCUUUGAUGUCUCCGGACUAUCAUCAACAUUAAUAUUCCAUAAUUGACAUUUUAUUGCAAAUAUUGGUAAUCUAAACCAUUCUUCCUUCAUUAUACGUAAAUUACACCUUUACAAAAUAAAUAACAAUACAUUUUUUAAAAAACAUACAAUAAUUCAUCUUAUAAAUAAUAAUAUAAAUUACUUACUUCUCUAAUGUAACUAUUCGUUGUUCAUUAUUUCCAUAAUCGACGUACCAUAAGUGAACUAAAAUUUUGUUUGGAUUUCUUGUCUUGAUAACUUCUUUAAUAAGACAUCUAUACCAGAUAUUAUCGGAAAACAAUGAACAACACGGAGUAUCUAAAAAUGCAAUAUGUAACACAUUGUUAUUUAUAUAAAGAUUCAUUUUAAAUUCAUCGAUUAUAAAACUUACUUGAAACUAAAUUUUUCAUCAAGGGUUGCUCAGGAGCUUCUUUCUGUAAAUUUUCUAUCAAUAGAUUAUAUUGAUUGUAAUAAUCGUUUAAUACCUAAAAAAUAAAAUAAUAAAACGAGUACAAUAAAUUAUAUUUAAAGAUAAAAA